AAACGAUCUGUCUUGUGGCAACACUGCUGCGAACGUGUGUGUCUGUGAACAAAAAACUGUGUGUGCGUUAAUUUUUGUUUAUAAAUUUAAUUGCAAAUACUGCACAUAUAACUUUCAAUGGUGUGCGUCCACACACUAAUACAAUAAUAUAAUACACACAUAUAUAUGUACAAUUGAAAGUGCGACCCGUUAUCAAUGGAUUUCGGAGUGGGAGUCGGAGCCUGACGUCUGACGCUGCUGCGAAGUGAAUUUUUUUUUCAUACCGAGGGAAAAAGAAAAAAAAUGGCGCCCGCAACUUUUUCUUGAGUCGUGAAAGUCUUCGUGAUGACGAAAAAGUGAAAUAGAGAAUUGUUUUGACCAUUUUAUAACACGGAGGCUAGUAUUUUGUACGUGAUUUAUAAAUAAAAAUACCAUACACCUAAAUAUAAUUACCAAAAAAGCAACAGAAAAAGUGCAAUUAUACAUUUGCGUUUGGAAAUUUUGCGCUUUUUUCUCUCUCCCCCCUUCCAACACACCUCUGCCACCGCCAUCGCCACCUCCAACUCCUCUCCCUCUCUCUCUCUACUUUUUUUUUAUUGCUACAUUUUCUAUAAUGUGCGCUGCACAGAGCAAUCCGCCGCCCUUCGGCUACACUUGGGGCUUUGCAGACAACGGCAGCCGUACCGCCGAAUCGGUAUUGGAAAUAUCGCCAAAUAUUAAUUACACCGUUAGUGGGGAAUCGAUGCCCUAUCUGUUAUCCACGGAUGGAUCAUUGGCCGUACAAAAGGAUGUUAAAGGUGCACUGGCUGGCAAUAAGGCGAAUGUUGUGCGUCGCAUGUUCUUGGUGAACGAUUCCUCAUUUCCGCACGGUACACAAAGAGUAAUUACCACAGGUGCCACCUCGACGGUGGUGAAGAAACAGGACUCAACCACUCAACAGGUGUUGAGUAUAAAUUCACUCGAUAAGAACUAUCUUCUGGUCGAUCAGGCCACAGCCGCAGCUGCAGCAGCUGCCGGUGAUCCAACGGCUCAUCAUCAUACAUUGACGAAUGGUAGCAUUGUUGAUGCCAAAACAGGACAAACCGUUUUGAGUUCGGGGGCCGCAGCUGCUGCUGCUGCUAAAUCCCAUUUCGGUUCCAUUGGUGCACUGCAUCUAACGCAAGAGGAGUGCAAUGAGAUAUUGAUAAAGCGCGCCAUCGCUGCCGGCCACCAUCAGACGCACACAAUCACCACCGCCGACGGAGCGCAUCAUCAUAGCACGGCGCCAGGCGCGACACCAAGUUUCUAUUCUGUUGGCGGUGCAACAUCAAUCUUAGGUGACCUACUUCCUGGUAUUUCAGUUCAAGUACAGAAAGUAAUACAAGGACUCGAAGAGAACGAGGACUCACAGGGCGACGCACCCAACUUAAAGUUGGAGCCAGGCACAUUAGAGUUGUCCCCAAAGACCGAACUACAGGAAUCAAUGCAUUUCAGCGAAACGGACGCCACUAUCAAGAAGGAACGCCCGUACAGUUGUGACGAGUGCGGCAAGUCCUUUCUGCUCAAGCAUCAUUUGACCACACACGCCCGCGUCCACACAGGUGGUGAACGUCCACAUAUCUGCACCCAUUGCGGUAAAAGUUUUGCCCACAAACAUUGCCUAAAUACCCAUCUGCUGUUGCAUUCAACGGAUCGCCCAUAUCAGUGCCAGGAGUGCAAGAAAAGUUUUACCCUUAAGCAUCAUCUGUUGACGCAUUCACGUGUCCAUAGCCGGGAACGGCCAUUUGUGUGCCAGGAGUGUGGACGCUCAUUUCCAUUGAAGCGUCAUCUGGUCACUCAUAGUAAAUUUCACGCAGGCGAACGUCCAUACGUCUGUGAGGAAUGCGGUGAGAGUUUUGCCCAGGAGAAUCAUCUGAUUAUGCACUCGCGCUUUCACGGGUCAUUGAAUCCAUUUGUUUGCUCUGAGUGCGGUGCCUCGUUUCCACGUAAAUUUCAAUUGGUUAAUCACGGACGUAUACACGGCAAGAUACCACAUUCGUGUACAAUUUGUGGUAAAGAAUUUCUUCAGAAGCGCACACUAGUUUCCCACAUGAGGCGCGUACAUACGGGCGAGCAGGCGCAUCCCUGCGUGAGUUGUGGCGAGGGUUUCCCCACAAAGGCCGAACUGCAUCAGCAUGUUCGUGCCGCUCACAAUGGUGUUAAUCCCAAUACAAGUAGCGCCACCAUAAUAGCUAAUCAACAGCAGCUACAACAGCCUCACCAUCACCCCGGGCAUCCGCAGACCAUAACUGUUGUCAGUAAUCCGGUAACAGUGUCCAUAACCGAUGCCAAUGGUGUGGCAAGACCGCAAUUUGUUUGCCGUGAGUGCGGCAGCGCCUUUAAUAGCCGCGAAGCAUUGGCCCUCCAUUUGCGUUUGCAUACUGGCGAUAAAAGCCUAAUGACCGAUUUGUGCGCCCUGACGGCAGCUAUACCAGGACAUUUCCUGAGCACGGCAAGUCUUAAUCCAGGCACUGUGGUAGCAGCCAAUCCAAAUUUGGUUGGACAGAGUCCGGUGCCAGUGCAAAUUAUUUCGUCCACCGGCCAGUUAAUGUCACAAACCACGCUGGUGCAGGCCGCCAAUUCGACCCAUCCGCAGGUUGUCACCGCUGUGCCCCACAUGCCAUUGCAUGCCACACAACAGCAGCAUUUGCAGCAUGUUGGCGCACAACAGCAACAACAGCAGCAACAACUUGUUCCCGCUGCGCCGGCCAAUAAACCAAAAUCGCAUUUUUGUGCCAGCUGCGGCAAGGGAUUCGCUGCCAAGCAUGGUCUAAUGCAGCAUAAUCGGCGACAUCCCAACGGCGGUUGCACGGUCCGCACCCAUGUCUGUGAGUGUGGCAAGGCAUUCUUCCAGAAGAAUCAUCUGAUGCUGCAUCAGCGCCAGCAUUUGGAAACAAAGCCAGCCAUAUCCCAGCAACAGGAGGCCAAUGCUCAGCAGCAGCAACAGCAACAACAGGUGGUAGUGGCCACAUCAACGGCAACUGGACAGCAGCAGACCACACAACAGCAGCAGCAGCAGCAGCAAGUGCAGGUGCAAAUAAUACCUGAUGGUCAUAUGGCACAUGGCAAAGUUAUCAAGUACGAGAUAUGCCGUAAUGUACUGCAAGAGGAUCAGGCAGCUCAGCAGCAGCAGCAACAACAAUCCGGAAUGAAUAACGAAUAAGGCAGAAAGGCAGCGGGAUGAGGCAUACAUAUAUAUAGGAGACAAAAUAAGCAGGAAUCCUAAAGGUUUUAUUUUUUGGUUUUGUAAAUACAUGGCACUUAUACACACACACUGGAACACUCUACACUCACGCAGAGACGUAGAGCAACAAGAGAGAAGGGCAGCUGCUUGAGAAUAAUAUAUACACCCCCCCCCCCAAAAAAAAAAAACAGAACACACCCCUCCCUACCCCACAACCUAAUCCAAAACAACACUUAGACAUUUGCAAGCGAUUCCCUUAGUUGUAAUAAUCUUUUAGUUAGCAUUAGCCUUUAGCCUUUAAACUAAGUAUAAACUUACUUUGUACACAUUAAUUAGUUAACUAGAGUUAUACACAUACUUAUAUGUAUGUAAAUGCAUAUAUAGGUAUAGAAUUAUACACUUACACACAUACAUACAUAUAUACAUAUAUAUACAUACAUAUAUAUAUAUAUAACGUAUCUGUUAAUUUUGUGAUGUGUUGGUCGCAUCUAAAAAACAAGAACCUGUGUGUCUAAGUUAAAAGUUUUUACAAGAAAAACGUAAAUGAACAUUUUUUAAAUUGGUUUUAUGCAUUACAACAAUAUUUAGCACAUACAAUACACAUACACACACACACACUUAAAUACAUAAUAGAUUAUGAAAAUACAACAGCAGGCAUUGCACUCAGAGAUAUGUGUACGUAAAUAACAAUAAACACACAAUGUUUCACGA